GGUAGUAUAAUCGUGCUGACUCGGGGCUGAUUAGUAAACACAACUAGGCAAAACGUAACCAACAGCAAGCGGAUGUUCCCUUCAGAGCGCGCAGCCUUAUGGGUAAUGUAAGGUGCAGGCGGCAGCACAACACGCCGGAGACUAGUGGAGUAACUUGGUAACUACGUCCGCGCCGCUCGUCCAGUCCUUUGAUUAACAGGCGCGACAUGAGUCUGAACGAGCACUCGCUGCAGGCUCUGUCCUGGAGGAAGCUGUACCUGAGCCGAGCUAAACUGAAGGCUUCCAGCCGGACAUCAGCCCUACUAUCUGGAUUUGCUAUGGUGGCGAUGGUGGAAGUGCAGCUUGACAACAGCUACCCUUACCCACCUGCCCUACUCAUUGCCUUCAGUGCCUGCACCACUGUGCUUGUGGCUGUCCACCUGUUCGCUCUGAUGGUCAGCACCUGCAUUCUGCCCAAUAUUGAGGCUGUCAGCAAUGUCCACAACCUCAACUCUGUGAAGGAGUCUCCACACGAGCGAAUGCAUCGACACAUCGAGCUGGCGUGGGCUUUCUCUACAGUGAUUGGUACGUUGCUGUUCCUAGCCGAAGUGGUUCUACUCUGCUGGGUCAAAUUCUUGCCUGUUAAGCCCAACAAGUCCAGCAAUAACACAGUUUCGUCAGGUGUGGCAGCUGCCAUCACCUCCACCUCUAUCAUGGUCCCCUUUGGUUUAGUCUUCAUAGUCUUUGCUGUGCAUUUCUACCGCUCCUUGGUCAGCCACAAGACUGAUAGACAGUUUCAGGAGCUGGAGGAGCUGUCUAAUCUCACCAGGCUACAGAACGAGCUGGACAAUAGAGGGGAAUCUUCAAUCCUGCAGCCUCCAAGUUCACAUUUCCCAUAGAUAUCUAUGGUCGAACUCUGACUGAUUGGGAUUUCUCCAAUCCAGAAGCCCCAUUAAUGGCUUCUAAAUUUUUUACGGGAAUGAUGUGUCACCUCUUUGUUGUGAAAUUUACUUUUGUGAAAAGAGUUUGUAUAUUUUAUUCAUGUUUUGAUCAACUGUGAGCUCACAAAUCUGCUGCCAUAGUGCACGUAACUUAAACAUUUUUGGAAAGUCUUAACUGUGAUUGUUGCUUGACUUACUGUGUCUCUGAAAUUGUGGCAGAGACAUCUGAACAAUAACUCUGAAUCCUGUCUGUUGCCUGCUGUUUAGUUUUUCAGUGAACACUGUUAAUGUAAUUAUCUUGUAGUGUUUUGUAAACCACAAGUAUUUAACCCUCCGUGAUCACAGUGCACACCAUUUGUUGUAAUGUUCACCAUUUGUCUGCUGUUUGUGUAGACUGAUUCAACAGCUGCCAGUACAGCACAGUAUUAUUAAAGACUAUGUGAUGACAUCUGUA